UUUUACCUAGUCCACAUGGCACUUUCUCAUCGUGUCGAUUUUUAUUACGUAAAUCAGACAGUGUCAACGGUUUAUUUUCAUACAGAUUUAACAAGAUUCGUUCAAAACUGUAUUUCAGUUGAAAAAAUGUUUAAAAUUGUGUGCUUAUUGGUGUGCGUGGGAAUAGUGUUGUCUGAAAGGCCAGAAUAUGGAACAGAACAUUGCAAAAAUGUUUUAGCUACAGACUGUAGCGGCUAUUCUCCUGAACCUGUGUGUGCCUUUGACGGCCACAAUCAUGUGACAUACCAAAAUAGUUGCGAAUUUGCGCACGGAAUCUGCUCACACCAUGGCCAUAGCCUGCAUGCUUUACACCAGGGUCCAUGCACUGGAACAGAAACACUAUAGAAAGGUCUAUUUAACAUUGAAUUAACAGCUGAAUAAAAAUGAAAAAAAGUCAAAGAUAAA